AUGGAGGACGAAAGAGCCAACCCAGGCAAAGUGAGGAAGAAGAGUGCCCCAGCUCAUCGCAAGUCUCUGUCCUAUACCAAGGAGAAGCCUUUCUCAUGUGAUAUAUGCUCCAAAUCAUUUGCUAGAAGUGACCUGCUUGUACGACACGAGCGGCUAGUCCACCCUGCGGAAACUGCCGCCGGUCGAGAUCACCGCACGCAGAACAACAACCAGGAUGUUCCUCAGACGCCCUCUUCUAUAAUUCAGCCUGCUCAUCAUGAGUCUCGUAUGCUAGAGCUUGCCGACGCUGUCCCACUGCACACGCAACCGAUUCCACAGCCUCCGCCAGAAGUGCAAGUCCAAGCCCCUCCCAUAGUGGAAACAACUCAUUUCAAUCCAUCGUGGGGGUAUGACCUGAACCUUCUCUCGCAUGCUGCGAGUCAUGUUGCUCUUGAGGGUGAACAGGAGAGUCUCGAGUCGUUACGGAAAUCCUCGCAAAACGUGGCGCCUCCUCAGCCGCUCGCCCAUAUUCCGGAAAGAGCGAUAACUGAUAAUUAUGGCGUGGAACCCUCGAUCUUGGACCUUGCUGAUCUAGGUGAUCCAGUUCAAGACUUUACCGUCUUCUUGGAGAGUGUGGGACUCUCAUCAGACUGGGACUCCGGGGUAUUCUCCUCUGUCGAAGAGCCGAUGUUGCCGGCUACACUUCCCAUGGAGACCAAGCCGUCUGUUCGCGAGAUGGGGAGGCUCGGUCCGGAGCUUCACAGUGAUCCACGAACAGCAGCAGACGACCCACCGUCGUUCUCGAACUUUGGGUCCCGAUUACCAUCCUUGCAACCAGAACCGCAUGAAGUGGACGAUCGCCUUGGUUUCGCGGAUGAGGGACCUCGCGCCGCGUGGGAUAUAACCAAUGCUGACCGUCAAAUUUUUGUCUCUAAACUUGAGGCAUUUGCUUUCGUCCUGCCCAAGAACUUUGUUCCACCCUCAAGGCACGCUUUGUCGCGCUUCUUUGCGGGCUACAUCAACGGAUUGAACGAACACCUCCCCUUUAUUCAUGUUCCCACCCUCUCUGUCGCAAAAUGCUCCCCAGAGCUUACGCUUGCAUUGGCAGCAGCGGGGUCUCAUUAUCGCUUCGAAAACAACCGAGGGAUCGAGCUAUUCCAUGCGGCAAAAGCCAUUUUACUUCAGCGUCUUCACAGAAGAGAUAGCAAGCAAGUCGCCUGUCCGACAUGGAACUAUUUAUCACCGGGAUCGGGUUUCCAUACCUCUCGUGACUCUUCCACCACAUCUAACCAUGCCAGUAGCCCGUUUCAGCAACACCAUCAACCCCAAUCUCAUCAUCACCAUCACCAUCACACCCCGUAUCCAGCAGAUCCCUCGGGUUACUCGGCAGAGGACUCAGAUGCCCAUAUGGAAGUCAUCCGAACCUUCCUUUUGCUCACUGUUUUCGCUUCUUGGGAAAGACAUCCCGAAUUACUGAGGGAAAUACUCUCGCUUCAGAGCACCUUGGCAAGACUGGUCAGAGAGCAUGGUCUGUCAGAGCCCCCUCCUAGCCCAGAUCCUAAUAACUGGGAAGAGUGGGUCCGGAGAGAAGGUAACCGACGCACGAAACUCAUCGUGUAUUGUUUCUUCAACCUACAUUCUAUUAUGUACAACAUCCCCCCUCUGAUUUUGAAUGCGGAGUUGAAAUUGAACAUGCCGUGCUCGCAUGAUGUCUGGAAAGCGACCAACGCGGCCCAGUGGCGGCGGGUGGCCCGCAUACGACAUGGGUCUGAUGUCCCCUUCCAGGAGGCUUUUGCUAAAUUGUUCCUCAAGUCGAAUAUGUCGGGCCCUACCGCACCCAUAUCUCCCCUCGGAAACUAUAUUCUCAUCCACGCUCUCAUUCAGCAGAUAUUCUUUGCACGCCAGCUCUGUCUCUCUGCACCAACUAUGCAGGGUACCAGCUUGAGGGGCGAAGAUCUGACUGUCCUAGAUAAUUCUUUGAGCGCCUGGAAGGCACUAUGGAAACGCACACCCGAGUCCAGCAUCGAUCCACAGAACCCGGCAGGGCCAAUCGCAUUCACAUCGACCGCUCUUCUGGGCCUCGCAUAUAUUCGAUUGCAUGUGGACCUGGGACCCUGCCGGCGCCUCAUGACGCAGGAUCCAGGCCAGAUAGCAAGGGCCCUCAGUGAAUCGCCGCUCAUAGCUCGGAGUCCUCGUCUAAUCAUGGCUCUGCUACAUUCCGCUCACGCGCUUUCGAUUCCGGUGCGUCUAGGCAUCGACUUCGUCGCCAGAACCCACUCUUUCUUCUGGAGCAUUCAACAUUCCCUCUGUAGUUUGGAAUGUGCCUUUCUUCUCAGCCGAUGGCUGCUCUCAAUACCAGUGACCCAUGCUGAGCAAAGGCUCUCAGACCACGAGCGGAAGUUACUUCUCUGGAUCAAGAGCAUGAUGGAUGAAACCGACAUGGCUGUCGAUCCGCCGGGAGCACCGGAUAUGGAUUUCAUUGCCAAUCCAUUCAAAGCAAAACAGCUGAGUGUGGCUAUCGUGCGUGUGUGGGCACGAACUUUUAAGGGAAACACCAGCUGGGCCAUAGUAGAUCUGGUUGGUUCAAGCCUAGAUGCCUAUGCUGAUCUUCUUGAAACCACACCAUGA